CGUAGACUACGGCGGUACGGAAAAUCAUUCCCCGUUUUGGCGCUUCGGACACCAUAGCCGCAGCUUUGAUCUCUUGGACGAUAUUUACCUAAGCUUUCGUGAUAAUGCCUCAACUCACGGUCGCCGGUGGCCUUAUGGUCCUUGUGAAUAUUGGCUUUCUUGUAGCUGGCGCUCUGCUACUCCGCUUUAAAUCGACGCUCGAGGGCAGCGGCUGGGCUGAUGCUCUCGUGGGUACAGACUACGAGUCUGCUGCGGACAUGGCGACGACAAUGGUGCAGAUACUGGGAAUUUCGGCUAUAACUCUGGCAUUGGUGGGAAUCAUAGGCGCCAUCAUCCAGAACCGCUUGCUGCUCCUGUUGUACUCUGUUGUUAUGGUCAUUGCCAUGUCGGCGUUCGGUGUCCUGGCUGGCACAGCCUUCACAUUCAAGACCAAGAUGAAUGACUGGGAAGAGGCCACGUUCCCCGCUGAAGACCAGGAGAGCAAGCUGGCAGAGACCUUUAAUGAGGUGUACUGCUACGCCGAAGGGUACUACUAUUGCAACAACGCUACGGCACAGGAAGCCUACACGACCUUCUUUCCGAACGCCUCGACCUCACUAGUGGGUUUGUUGCCCAAUACAACUGGUAUCGUGUCGCUCUGCGACGAGCUUAACACCUCUGUGGAAGGCCUAUCGACGGUGUGCGAGGCCUGCAACAUGUCGACAAAAUACACUAAGUACGACAGAAUCCUCACCUGGGCUGAGAGCAAGUGUCCGAGAAAUGCAGUAACAGGACAAUGGUGUGCUUCGUUCCUUGCUACGGGAACCGCAGGUGCAAUUUACGAUGGUGCACCGUAUGGUCAAUGCCGCACCAUUUUUCUGGAUGUAGCCAUCGACUGGAGCGGCACCAUGGCAAUUGCUGGCUUGCUUGUUGCGAUCGCUGCUGCUGCCAUCGUGGCUCUGGCAUGUUUCGCUCGUCGCUCGAAGGGCUCAAAUGAGCGUCUUACUAAAGUGUAA